AUGGGUCUACUCAAAGGAUAUAAGGUGGGUAAGGAUGAAGUGGAAAUUACUCAUUUGCAGUUUGCUGAUGACACAUUAAUCAUUGGGAAUAUGUCAGCAGCAAAUACAUGGACAACUAAAGGGAUUUUGAGAUGGUUUGAGCUUGUUUCUGGUCUUAAGGUAAUUGAAGGCAUCCAACUGCUAAGAGGAAACUGUGAUAGAUGGCUUUGGUCUCAAGAAGCCUCAGGAGAAUAUACGGUCAAGUCAACUUAUAGACUAAUCUGGGCAGCAGGCAAUUCAGAGGUAGAAGGUGAAGGAACAGAAGAUGACAACAGAUACUUUAAGGGAAUAUGGUGCAAUUUGGUUCCUUCCAAGGUAGCAGCAUUGGCGUGGAAGAUUGGGUUGCAGAGAUUGCCAACCAUGGAUAACUUAAUGAAAAGAGGGUGCAAUAAGUGGCUGGGUAUUGAUAGCACAGUGCUCCCGCAAAAUGAAAUGUGCCAUUUUCUCCAACACGUGCAAGGGAGACAAGGAAAAAGGAUUGAUGAGUUAUGGAAGGUUACCUGGUUUGCUACAAUAUGGAGUAUUUGGUUACUAAGGAACUCAAUUCUUUUCAGAGGAGGUGAUAUUGAUUUACUAUCUGUCAUGGAACUGAUCAAAAUGCGGUCGUGGUGGUGGCUGAAGGCAAGAGCUAAAAACUUCAAGGCUUCUUUCUAUGAGUGGAAUGUGGACCCGGGUUAUUGCUUGAGAAUGUGCUCAUAG